AUGGAGAGCAUCAAUGUAGCACGAGGUGCAUCCGUGACGCCUCGCAUGGCGCUGCCGUGCAUCAGCAACCUCCAGACCCUUCACUACAACCUGCUCUUGCACCGCAACCGCAAGACGAACGGGAGGAAACUGCGGAGCGUGUCAUGCAGGGCGAGCGCCGGCCGAGGCGGCGGCCGCGGCCUCGACCGCCGCGACGUGCUCCUUGGCAUAGGCGCAGCGGCCGCCAUGGUGGCCACGCAGGGCGGCGGCGGCGCGCUCGCGGCGCCAAUCCAGGCCCCGGACCUCGGCCACUGCCACGAGCCCGUGGACCUCCCCGACCCCGACACAGCGCCGGAGAUCAGCUGCUGCCCGACGUACAGCGCCGGCACCGUCGCCGUCGACUUCACGCCGCCGCCGGCGUCCUCGCCGCUCCGCGUGCGGCCGGCGGCGCACCUGGUGGACAUUGCGUACUUGACCAAGUACGAGAGGGCCGUGUCGCUCAUGAAGAAGCUCCCCGCCGAUGAUCCCCGCAGCUUCAAGCAGCAGUGGCGCGUGCACUGCGCCUACUGCGACGGCGCGUACGACCAGGUCGGCUUCCCGGGUCUGGAGAUUCAGAUACACAGCUGCUGGUUCUUUUUUCCAUGGCAUAGGAUGUACCUGUACUUCCACGAGAGAAUACUGGGCAAGCUCAUCGGCGACGAGACGUUUGCGCUGCCGUUCUGGAACUGGGACGCGCCGGCCGGCAUGUCGUUCCCGGCGAUCUACGCCAACUGCAGGCUGUCGUCGCUGUACGACCCAAGGCGAAAUCAGGCGCACCAGCCACCGUUCCCGCUCGACCUCAACUACAACGGAACCGACCUGUCCAUCCCGGAAGAUCAGCUGAUCGAUCAGAACCUCAAGAUCAUGUACCGCCAGAUGAUUUCGGGGGCUAGGAAGAAAGAGCUGUUCAUGGGACAUCCGUACAGCGCCGGCGACCAGCCGAAACCGGGGGCGGGCACCGUCGAGUUCGUGCUGCACAACACCGUCCACAACUGGACCGGCGACCCGAGGCAGCCGAACGGCGAGGACAUGGGCAUGUUCUACUCGGCGGCGCGCGACCCGGUGUUCUUCGCGCACCACGGCAACGUCGACCGCAUGUGGUACAUUCGCCACGGCCUCUUCCCCCGCGACACCGACUUCACCGACCCCGACUGGCUCGACGCGACCUUCCUGUUCUACGACGAGGAGGCCCGCCUAGUCCGCGUUCGCGUCCGCGACUCCCUCGACGAGGCCGCGCUGCGGUACACGUACCAGGACGUUGGCCCCCUGCCGUGGCUGAACGCCAAGCCGUCCACGGGACCCGCCGGCGCCCUGCCGGGGACCCUGGACAAGACCGUGCGGGUGGCCUUGACGAGGCCCAAGACGUCGAGGAGCCGCAAGGAGAAGGACGCCGAGGAGGAGGCGCCUGUCAUCGAGGGGAUCGAGGUCCCCGACCACUCCGCGUACGUUAAGUUCGACGUGUUCGUGAACGCGCCCGAGAACGCCGGUCGCGUCGCGCUGACGCCACACGGGGUCCACCGCGAGGAGAGGAAGCGUUCUCCGAGAAAGACGGUGGCGAGGUUCGGCAUCUCCGACUUGCUCGAAGAUAUCGGCGCCGACGGCCACAAGACGAUCGUCGUCUCGAUCGUGCCGAGGUCCGGCUGCGAUUCGGUCAGAGUCUCGGGCGUCAGCAUCGGCUACGUACGCUAAGUGAAGUACAACGUGAACGUAAGAAUACGUUUAUGUACAAUGUGUGACGUGUGAUUAAUGAUUGUAUGAGUGUGAUGUUGCGUGUGUAAUGGUGUAGGCGCGUGUGGGUCUGUCAUUAAAAAAUGAUACCCCGCGCGUUGCUGCGGGAUAUACAAAUCAUUUUAGAGAUGUGAACUUGUUGAACCGCCGCUAACAUCGUGUUGAACUACCGCUAACAUCUUGUUUA